AUUUGCAUAUCAAUUAGGUCUGUCUUCCCGAUACGACGAGCUCGCGAGCUGAGCUACCGGUUUGCAGCGUAACUUGCGCCCGACCGCACAGGCGAAGACUUUGAAGAAUUACCGUCGACUUCUUGCGGCCCUGUGUCAACAAAACAUUAACCUGCGAAACGUAUUGCAUUGGAACUUGUGAUUAACAUUUUCAGAAAAAUAAUGCAUAUUUAUGUGUUAUAUUAGUUAGAGACAGUUUCAUUUUGUGAAUUGUCAACGAUGGCAGAUACAGAACAGGCAGCCACCACUGCCACAGAUGGAGGACCGAGUGAGAAAGAGGCAAAUAAGGCUGAUUCUCCGAAACCCGAUCAAGAAGUUGCACCUCCUUUGAUUAGCACCUCGAAACCAGAGAAAGAUGCAGAAACAAAGCAACAGGAUAAGAAGAAGCCUGGUGCUGCCCCAGCGCGCAGAGGAGCAGGCCCAGCAGGUCAAGGGUCACAGAAGGGUGCUCGUGUUUCCAUAUCACUGCAGCCUGGUGGAGACCUACACGGGCACACUAGUGAUUAUGUCAGAGCCAGACGCCAAUCCAUGGUCAAGAAGAAUGUAGUGAUGUCAUCCGAGGCUAUGAAGGAGAUGGCAAAGCAAGCCAAGGCUAAUAGAGAUGAAAGGAAGACGGCGAUGGACAGCAGACAUGCCUUCAUGUUCUCAAGUCUUGCUGAGGCAUUGAACAUGGAACUAUCUCAAGUGGAGGACUUCUUGCUUGGAGAUGAUAAGUUUGACAUGAUCGGUGAGUUCUUUGCGCAGGAUGGACCACGCAAGCUGAUGUUCUUCUACCAGGAGGCUACGAGUCGAGACACCUUGUAUUCCAGGACAGAUACAUCCAGCGUUAUCACUCAACCAACACAGAAGAAGCUCUUCCUUACCACCGGUACAUCUGAAGGCUUGAAUGGUAUGUGCUAUUUCUUCCUGCGUUCUACCAACAAAGCCAUCACACCGGCUAACAUCGCUGCCGAGGUGAACUUUGGUAUGAUGGACUGUACCAACGGGAAGAUCCUCCAAGGAUUCAAGAUGAUGCUAGAUAAGAUCAUGAUGCCAGCUCUUAAACUCCAGGAGAAUUGGGGUGAGAUCAAGGACGAGAGUCAGGUGUCUGAUUUCUUUGAGCAGCUUGAGAAGUUUGUCGGCAGCCUUGGUACGGCGACCUCUAACAUGGACGGCAGGGUGCAGCUGUGUGAGCAUGAAUACCUAGAGACCAUGCUGGAUUCACUCAAAACGGCUGCAGACUUCACCGCUGCAGCCUCUGUCCCCGAUACUGUUGAGAAGCUGGAGGAGCUGAGUAUGAUGUGGCUGAAGCAGAUUGUCCAGGUAUUGACCGAGAGCGAGCAGAUGCGAAAGGAAGCCGAUGACAUCGGUCCUGCAGCCGAGCUGGAUCACUGGAAGAAACGCAUGUCAAAGUUCAACAGCCUCCUAGAUCAGAUCAAGAGCCCUAGAUGUAAGGCAGUGGUCGGUGUGCUGAUCGCUGCCAAGUCCAAGGUCCUUAAGCAGUGGAAAGAACUGGAUCGUCGCAUCACUGAUGCUGCUAACGAGGCAAAGGAUAAUGUCAAGUAUCUCUACACCCUGGAUAAGUUCUUUGGCCCUCUCGUCAAGUGUGAUCCUAGUGCGAUGAUCGAGCACAUUCCAAGCCUGAUGAAUGCCAUUCGUAUGAUACACAGCAUCUCCCGUUACUACAACACCUCGGAGCGUAUGACCUCACUCUUUGUCAAGGUCACCAACCAGAUGAUCACUACCUGCAAGGCUUAUAUCAAGAGGGAUGUUACCAAGAUCUGGGAUCAUGAGAGGCCUGUAUUGCUGAAGCGCCUGAAUGAUUGCAUCAAACUCAAUGAGGAAUACCAGAAGAGCUUCCACCGUACGAAGGAAAGGCUGAAGGAGACCCCAGAGGAAAGGCAGUUUGAGUUCAGUGAGAACUACAUCUUUGGCAAGUUUGACACGUUCUGUCGCCGCCUGACCCGUAUUGCUGACUUGGUCAAUACCAUGGAGAGCCUGAGUGGACUCGCUGAUGUGAAGAUUGAAGGCAUUGACUCUCUGUACAUCAGGUUCCAGGGGAUUGUAGCCACACACAAGAAGAAGAGCUAUGAUAUCCUGGACCAUCGCAAGGGAGAGUUUGAUCAGGAUUACAUGGAUUUCCGCUCUCAGAUUGAUAGUCUUCACAAUGCCCUGCAGAACUUUGUAGACAGCUGGUUUGAAAAGCCACUGACGACUGAUCAAGCAUUAGUGCUGCUCUCUAAGUUUGAGAAGAUCAAGGGUGCCAACUUAAACCUGAAUGAGAAGUACAUGCGUGUCCUGUCAAAUUAUGGCCGUGACCAGGAGAUGGUACGUAAGCUCUACCAGAAGGGCAAGGAAGAUCCGCCCAUCAUGAGGAACAUCCCUCCGGUAGCAGGCAAGAUCGUCUGGUGCAGACAGCUCUUCAGGAAGAUAGAGCACCCUAUGAGGGCCUUCAAGGCUAAGCCGGAGAUCUUGAAGACAAAUGAAGCCAAGAAGUUGAUCCGUAACUACAACAAGAUGGCUACUGUUCUUCUGGAGUACGAGGUUCUGUACCAUCGUGGCUGGUUCCGUGCGGUAGACAACAUCCGCUCUGGUCUCCAGGCCUCCCUACUAGUACGCCACCCUGAGACAAAGGUCCUGUAUGUGAACUUUGACCCCCAAGUCUUUGAGCUGAUUGCUGAGGCCAAGUACAUGGGAAAGCUAGGCCUUGAGAUUCCUGAAGCUGCAGGAGUACUCGUGUUGAGGGAGACCGAGAUCAAGGGCAACUAUGUUGCUCUGGUUGAGAUGUUGAACGAGUAUGACCGUAUUGUCGGUACCAUCCCAAACAUCCUACUACCCCUGAUGACCCCAUUCCGAGACCGUGUAGAGGAAGCCUUGCAGCCAGGACUGACCAGUCUUAACUGGACUUCUCUCAGUCUUGACCAAUAUAUCAGCAACACCUACAAAGAGAUUCACUUCCUGCAACACCAAACCAAGCAGGUGUGUGAUCUCCUGGAAUGUCGUAUUGAUGAUGUCCUCAAGGACAUGGCCACUACUGCUCUGUGUGACUUGCCUGUGCAUGAACCCACAUCUACCACUGAAUUCCUGGCCUCGACCGAGAGGACAUGCCAGGAGGCUUGUGACCAGCUUACCAGGCAAAGCCAGGCUGUCGAAGCCUCAGUCAAGGACCUCGUGGAGAUCCUGGUUGGCAACCUACGUGAGAAUGAGAAGCAGAACCUUCAGGGGUCCUACCCAUGCCUUCACCCAGACUCUAAGCAUAAGAGAUGCCUGGAGUGCCUGCCUUGCUGCUUCUAUACCAUGCUAGGAAGCUUCAGUCAGCGCAAUACCGACGCGCUCAUCAAGUGUACUCGUCUGUCCCUGGACACCAUCAAGAAACGUCUUCAGAUUGGAACCAACAAGUACACCCGUGGCGCCAGUGAGAACGAGGAGGCCAAGGUACCGCUGUUCCAGGCCGACAUCAUCCUCUCCAUCCCGUCCAUCGUCCUUCAACCCAGCCUGGAUGACAUCCAAUCUACCGUCAACAAGGCCGUCCAGGUUAUCCUCAAGAUGGCCCAGAAUAUCCCGCAGUGGGAACAGACCAUCCUGAGCCAGAAGGCUGCUCUCAAGGCUAUGCUGGGGGAAAGAAAGGAACUCGAGGAAUCCAAAGAUGACAAGGAUGCCGAGAAGGUCACUCUGCUGGCUAUUACCCAGAAGCCUCUUCACAAGGUCAUUGCAGAGCACAAGGACGUCCUGAAGGUCGUCAUUGCUCUCAACAACAUCGUGGGUAACUUCAAGAUUGAGUGUCAAGACAUUCUUAACGAAUUCACUCACUUUGCUGAACUCUGGACUGAGGAUCCGGCCGAGAAGGUCAAGGAGUUCAUGGACACCAAACCACUUAUGUCUGAGAUUGAAUCACAGAUGAGAUACUAUCAGGGAUUUGAGAUCAAGAUUGAGGAGAUUCCAGCCAGCUACAGGGUCGGCUCCGUCAUCUGCCUUACGGAGCGUCUCAAGACUGCCCUCGUUGCUGAAACCAAGGCAUGGAAGGUUGCAUUCGGUCGAGCCCUCAACUCCAAGGCUUCCGCUGACAUGGAGGAGAUCUUUGACUUCAUUGAGGAUCUCCAGAAGCGUCUGUCUCGCCCCAUCAAGGAUCUUGAUGAUGUCCGUGCAGCGAUGGCAGCGUUGACUGAGAUCAGGGAAUCAGAGAUCCGUAUCGACAUGACCAUCUCGCCCAUAGAGGAGUCCUAUGCUCUGCUCAAUAAGUAUGAGCUGAUCUUCUCGGAUGGCAAUGCUGAGAAAGUGGACAGUCUGUCCUACAACUGGAAGAACUUGACCGCACAGUUCAUCCAAGUAGCUGAUCACUUGGUGACCAUCCAGCCCGAGUUCAAGGGUGACCUACUGAGUGGUGUAACAGUCUUCCAACAGGAUGCCACUCUCUUCGUAGAAGAAUAUACAGAGAAGGGUCCCAUGGUCCAAGGUAUUGCACCCAGGGAAGCCAGCGACCGCCUCCAGCUCUUCCAAGCCCGCUUUGACGAACUCUGGGCCAAGUACAUCACCUACUCUGGUGGUGAAGAGCUCUUCGGGCUGCCUGUCACCGAGUACCCUGACUUGCAGCGGAUCAAGAAAGAGUUCAACCUUCUCCAGAAGCUCUAUGGCCUCUACAACGCUGUCAUUGAGAAGGUCAACGGAUACUAUGAUAUCCCUUGGGUCGAUGUGGACAUUGAGAAGAUCAACGGAGAGUUGCAAGACUUCCAAAACAAAUGCCGUAAGUUGCCCAAGGCCCUGAAGGAAUGGCAGGCCUUCAUGGAUUUGAAGAAGAAGAUCGAUGACUUCAGCGAGUGCUGUCCCCUCCUUGAGAUGAUGGCCAACAAGGCGAUGAUGACCCGCCACUGGGAUCGCAUCGCGAACCUCACCGCCCAUACCUUCGAUGUGGAGUCGGAUACAUUCCUUUUGCGCAACAUCAUGACAGCACCCCUCCUCCCAAACAAGGAAGACAUUGAGGAUAUCUGUAUCUCAGCUGUGAAGGAGAAAGACAUCGAAGCCAAGCUGAAGCAGGUCGUUGCUGAGUGGAGUGUCCAGGACUUCCAAUUCGGUAGCUUCAAGACCCGUGGUGAGCUCAUGCUGAAGGGUGAUACUACCGGUGAGAUCAUCUCCAUGAUGGAAGACAGUCUCAUGGUCUUAGCGUCUCUCAUGAGCAACAGGUACAAUGCCCCAUUCAAGCCCGAGAUCCAGAAGUGGGUCCAGCGCCUGUCCAACACCACAGAGAUCAUUGAGAAUUGGAUGCAGGUGCAGAACCUCUGGGUCUACCUGGAAGCUGUGUUUGUGGGUGGUGACAUCGCCAAGCAGCUGCCACAGGAAGCAAAGAGGUUCAGUAACAUUGACAAGUCCUGGGUGAAGAUCAUGCAGCGUGCCCAUGAGAACACCAACGUGGUCGGGUGCUGCGUGGGAGACGACACCCUCUCCCAGCUCCUGCCCCAUCUCCUGGAGCAGCUGGAGAUCUGUCAGAAGUCCCUGACUGGCUACCUGGAGAAGAAGCGUCUGGUCUUCCCCCGGUUCUUCUUCGUGUCCGAUCCCGCCCUUCUUGAGAUCCUUGGUCAGGCUUCCGACUCACAUACCAUCCAGGCUCAUCUUGAAGGUCUGUUUGACAACGUGAAGACGGUCGAUUUCCACGAGAAGAAUUACGAUCAGAUCCUCGCUAUCAGCUCCAGAGAGAAAGAGAAGAUUGACUUGGUAACCCCAGUCAAUGCUCAGGGUAAUGUCGAGGUGUGGUUAGGAGAUUUGCUGAAGACGGUGAAGAAGUCCAUCCACACUGUCAUCAGGACGUCGUACAUCGCUCUCCAGGACAAGGAGAACUUUAACCUGAUAGAGUACGAGAAUACCUACGCAGCCCAGGUUGGUCUGCUUGGUAUUCAGAUGAUCUGGACCAGGGACAGUGAAGAGGCCCUCAAGAAUGCUCGCUCUGAUAGAAAGAUCAUGGCGACGACCAACCAGUACUUCCUUGACAUGCUGAACAUGCUAAUCGACAUGACCACACAAGAACUCACCAAGUACGAAAGAACCAAGUUUGAGACUCUCGUCACCAUCCACGUCCAUCAGAGAGAUAUCUUUGAUGACCUGGUGCGCAUGCAUAUCAAGUCCGUCAAUGACUUUGAAUGGCUGAAGCAAUCUCGAUUCUACUUCAACGAAGACACCGAUGCCUGCAUCAUCUCCAUCACUGAUGUAGAUUUUGCCUACAUGAAUGAACCUGUGGGGUGUACAGACAGAUUGGUGAUCACUCCACUUACUGACAGAUGCUACAUCACUCUAGCACAGGCCUUAGGUAUGAGUAUGGGUGGUGCCCCUGCCGGUCCUGCUGGUACGGGUAAGACCGAGACAACCAAAGACAUGGGAAAGGCCUUGGGCAAGUACGUUGUGGUCUUCAACUGCUCUGAUCAGAUGGACUUCAGAGGAUUGGGCAGAAUCUACAAAGGUCUUGCUCAGUCUGGAUCAUGGGGCUGCUUCGAUGAGUUCAAUCGUAUUGAGCUCCCUGUUCUCUCUGUGGCCGCUCAGCAGAUCUACAUUGUACUCACGUGUAAGAAGGAACGUAAAAAUCAGUUUGUCUUCACUGAUGGUGACAUCGUCGACAUGGACCCAGAGUUUGGUAUCUUCUUGACCAUGAAUCCUGGUUAUGCCGGACGUCAAGAGCUUCCUGAGAACCUGAAGAUCCAGUUCAGGACUGUAGCCAUGAUGGUACCCGAUCGUCAGAUCAUCAUGAGGGUCAAGCUAGCUAGCUGUGGUUUCCAGGGCAAUGUCAUCUUGGCUCGCAAGUUCUACACACUCUACAAGCUCUGCGAGGAACAGCUUACAAAGCAGGUUCAUUAUGACUUUGGUCUUCGUAACAUCCUGUCUGUGCUGCGUACCCUGGGAGCCUUCAAGAGAUCCAACCCACAGGAUAGUGAGAACAUGAUCGUCAUGAGGGUUCUCAGAGACAUGAAUCUAUCCAAACUGGUUGAUGAAGAUGAGCCCUUGUUCUUGUCUCUGAUUGAUGAUCUGUUCCCUGGGAUGACACUAGACAAGGCUGGGUACCCUGAGAUAGAGGCUGCCAUAGAGAAGCAGAUCCGUGAAGCUGGUUUAGUUCACCAUCCCCCAUGGACUCUUAAGCUCAUUCAACUGUUUGAGACUCAACGUGUUCGUCAUGGCAUGAUGACCCUAGGACCCAGCGGUGCAGGUAAGACCAAAUGCAUCCACACCCUCAUGAAAGCUAUGGGUGACUGCGGCGCCCCUCAUAGGGAGAUGAGAAUGAACCCUAAAGCCAUCACUGCUCCUCAGAUGUUUGGUAGGUUGGAUGUAGCCACCAAUGACUGGACUGAUGGUAUCUUCUCUACACUCUGGAGGAAGACACUCAAAGCUAAGAAGGGUGAGCACAUCUGGAUUGUUCUUGAUGGACCUGUGGAUGCUAUCUGGAUUGAAAACCUCAACUCCGUGCUCGAUGACAACAAGACCUUGACCUUGGCCAACGGUGAUCGUAUCCCUAUGUCACCCAACUGUAAGGUCAUCUUUGAACCUCACAACAUUGACAACGCCUCUCCAGCCACCGUGUCCAGGAACGGUAUGGUCUACAUGAGCUCGUCCAUCAUGGAUUGGCAACCUAUACUGCAGGGUUGGUUGUUCACCAGACCAGCUACACAGCAGGAACUAUUGAUGUCUCUCUUUGAGUCUACCUACAAGGAUCUUUAUCUCUAUGUCAUUCAGAGUCUUGUACCCAAGAUGGAGGUGCUGGAGUGUAUGUACGUGAGGCAGACGAUUGAUCUUCUAUCUGGUCUGAUUCCCGGAGAGGAUUCUAACCCAUCUAGAGAGCAUCUGGAGAGACUCUAUAUCUUCUGUCUGAUGUGGUCUCUGGGAGCACUCCUUGAACUUGAUGAUAGAAAGAAGAUGGAAGCUUGGUUGGUUGAGAGAGGUGGACUCCUGCUACCAAAAACUGAACCUGGUCAAACUAUCUUUGAGUUUGUGGUCAGAGAUGAUGGUCAGUGGGAGCAUUGGUCUGAUAGGGUGCCCGAGUACAUCUAUCCCACCGACUCCACACCAGAGUAUUCCUCAAUCUUGGUUCCUAAUGUUGACAAUGUGUGCACAGAUUACCUGAUCCAUACCAUCGCCAAGCAGGAGAAAGCAGUGCUUCUUAUUGGUGAGCAGGGUACAGCUAAGACUGUGGUCAUCAAGGGAUACUCCAGCAAGUACGACCCUGAACACCAUCUCUUCAAGAGUCUUAACUUCUCCUCUGCCACCACACCUAACAUGUUCCAGAGAACCAUUGAGAGCUAUGUUGACAAGCGUGUGGGUACAACGUAUGGACCACCAGCUGGUAAGAAGAUGACAGUGUUUGUUGAUGACGUCAACAUGCCAGUCAUCAAUGAAUGGGGAGAUCAGAUCACCAAUGAGAUUGUCCGUCAGUUGAUGGGCACCAAGGGUUUCUACAGUCUUGAGAAGCCCGGUGAGUUCACCAGCAUCGUCGACAUCCAGUUCCUAGCCGCUAUGAUCCAGCCUGGAGGAGGCCGUAAUGAUAUCCCGCAGCGCCUCAAAAGACAGUACAACAUCUUCAACUGUACCCUGCCGUCCAACAACUCCAUCGACAAGAUCUUCAGCACUGUCGGAACUGGGCACUACUGCAAGGAGCGUGAGUUCAAUGCUGAAGUCUGUCAGCUAGCCGCCAGUCUCGUCUCCUGCACCAGGAAGUUAUGGCAGCGUACGAAGAUCAAGAUGUUGCCCACCCCUGCCAAGUUCCAUUACAUCUUCAACCUUCGUGAUCUCAGUAGAAUCUGGGAGGGUAUGUUGAACAGUGAUGCUGAAGUGAUCAGUAACACGGCAGUCCUACUUGGUCUAUGGAAGCACGAAUGCACCCGUGUGAUUGCUGAUAGAUUCGUCAGUCAGGAAGACAAGGAUUGGUUUGAAAAGACCAUCAAACACACAAUUGAAGAAGACCUAGGAACGUCCUUUGCAGAGCAGCUCCCCAAAGAACCAUUGUUUGUUGACUUCUUGCGUGAUGCUCCAGAAAUCACAGGUGAAGAGCCCGAUGAUGCUGACCUUGACGCUCCUAAGAUCUAUGAACCCAUCCCCAGCCUUGAAGCAUUGGCCGAUAGACUUACCACAUUCCAAGACAUGUACAAUGAGACUGUCCGUGGUGCCAAGAUGGACUUGGUGUUCUUCAAGGAUGCCAUGUGCCAUCUGCUGAAGAUAUCCCGUGUGAUCCGGACCAAGAGAGGUAACGCUCUCCUGGUGGGUGUGGGUGGCUCUGGUAAGCAGAGCUUGACCAAGCUGGCUUCGUUCAUCGCUGGAUACAAGAGUUUCCAGAUUACUCUCAGCAGGUCAUACAACGUGACCAACUUGAUGGAAGAUUUGAAGUACUUGUACCGUGUGGCCGGACAGCAAGGCCAGGGUAUCACAUUCAUCUUUACUGAUAACGAGAUCAAGGAUGAAGCAUUCUUAGAAUACAUGAACAAUGUCAUUGCAUCAGGAGAGGUGUCCAACCUCUUUGCCCGUGAUGAAAUUGACGAGAUCACCGGAGAGCUCAUUUCCGUCAUGAAGAAGGAGUAUCCAAGACGACCACCGACCAAUGAGAAUCUCUACGAUUACUUCCUGAUGCGUGUGAGAAACAACCUCCACGUUGUCCUCUGCUUCUCACCGGUCGGUGAGAAAUUCCGCAACCGCUCCUUGAAAUUCCCUGGUUUAUUCUCUGGCUGUACCAUGGAUUGGUUCAGCCGUUGGCCCAAGGAUGCUCUCAUCGCUGUGGCCCAACAUUUCCUUGCUUCAUUUCCCAUUGUUUGCUCCGAUAAUGUCAAGAAGAGUGUUGUCAACACCAUGGGUGUGUUCCAGGAUCUGGUGGCCGAGACUUGUGUAGAUUACUUUCAACGUUUCCGUCGCCAGACCCACGUGACACCCAAGUCAUACCUGUCCUUCAUCGAUGGUUACAAGAAGAUCUAUUCUGAGAAAAAAGCUGCCAUUGGCAUGCUUGCCGACAGAAUGAAGACUGGAUUGGAUAAGCUGGUGGAAGCGACUGCAUCUGUGAACGAACUGAGCAAGGAGCUUGCCGUGAAGGAGAAGGAGCUGGCCGUAGCCUCCAAGAAGGCUGAUGCUGUGCUGGCCGAAGUGACCGUCAGUGCUCAAGCCGCUGAGAAGGUCAAGGCACAGGUCCAGAAGGUCAAGGACAAAGCCCAGGCUAUUGUAGAUGAAAUCAAUGUUGACAAGCAAGCUGCAGAGACCAAGCUAGAUGCUGCUAAGCCAGCCUUAGCUCAGGCAGAGGCUUCCCUCAACACCAUCAAACCAGCUCACAUCUCCACCGUCCGUAAGCUGGCCAAACCGCCCCAUCUCAUCAUGCGUAUCAUGGAUUGUGUGCUGCUUCUCUUCCAGCGUCGUCUUGAACCCUGCCAGCUGGAUCCUGAGAGGCCGUGCCCCAAACCAUCUUGGGGAGAUGCUUUGCGUCUCAUGGGUAGCUCUUCCUUCCUCCAGACCCUGAUGAACUUCCCGAAGGACACCAUCAAUGAGGAGACAGUAGAGCUCCUGCAGCCGUACCUGUUGAUGGAAGACUACAACCUUGAGACCGCUAAGCGAGUCUGUGGUGAUGUCGCCGGUCUCUGCUCCUGGACUGAAGCUAUGGCAUUCUUCUAUGGCAUCAACAAGGAGGUUCUUCCACUCAAGGCUAACUUGGUUGUCCAGGAAGCUCGGCUGACCAAAGCCAAUGCAUCGCUGGCAGAAGCCCAAGCACAGCUGGACGAGAAGCAGAGAGAACUGGACCUUGUACAGGCCAAGUUUGAUGCAGCCAUGGGAGAGAAACAGGCUCUCCUGGACGACGCUGAGAGCUGUCGUCGUAAGAUGAACAAUGCCACUGCUCUGAUCAGUGGUCUAGGAGGUGAGAGGGUCCGCUGGACGGAAGCCAGCAAGAGAUUUGAAGAUCAAAUCAACAGGUUGGUAGGUGAUGUAUUGCUUGGUACUGGUUUCCUUUCGUACUCCGGUCCAUUCAAUCAGGAGUUUAGAAAUCUCCUCAUCAGGAAUUGGAAGAGAGAGAUGGCUUCCAACAAGAUCCCGUACAGCGAUGAGCUGAACCUGACAGCUCUUCUGGUUGAUUCUACCACCAUUGGAGAAUGGAACCUUCAAGGCCUCCCCAACGACGAGCUCUCUAUCCAGAACGGUAUCAUCGUCACCAAGGCAUCAAGGUUCCCACUCCUGAUUGAUCCGCAAGGUCAGGGCAAGGCAUGGAUCAGGGAGAAAGAGAAGAGCAAUGAACUACAGAUGACCUCUCUGAAUCACAAGUACUUCAGAACUCAUCUUGAGGAUUCCCUGUCUCUUGGACGUCCACUCCUCAUCGAGGAUGUAGGUGAGGAGCUGGAUCCUGCCCUGGACAACGUCCUGGAGAAGAACUUCAUCAAAUCUGGUUCCACUUACAAGGUGAAAGUUGGAGACAAGGAAUGCGAUGUCGAUAGUAAAUUCAUCAUGUACAUUACCACCAAGCUCGCCAACCCAGCCUACACCCCCGAGAUCAGCGCAAGGACAUCUAUCAUCGAUUUCACUGUCACCAUGAAGGGUCUUGAAGAUCAGCUUCUUGGUAUCGUCAUCCUCACUGAGAAACAGGAACUUGAGGCCGAACGCACCAAGCUGAUGGAGGAGGUCACCGCUAACAAGCGUAAGAUGCAGGAGCUUGAGGAUAACCUUCUCUACCGUCUGACAAGUACCGAAGGUUCCCUGGUGGAGGAUGAGAGUCUCAUCGAGGUGCUCAGGGUUACCAAGAUCACCGCAGAGGAAGUCAGUGAGAAGCUGACCAUCGCUGCCGAGACCGAGCUCCGCAUCAACACUGCUCGUGAAGAGUUCCGACCCGUUGCGACCCGUGGUAGUACCCUAUACUUCUUGAUCACCGAGAUGAGUAUGGUUAAUGUCAUGUAUCAGACGUCUCUGAAACAGUUCCUUGGACUCUUUGAUCUCUCCAUGGCCAGGUCCCAGAAGAGUCCAAUCACUGCCAAGCGUAUCGCUAACAUCAUUGACUUCAUGACGUAUGAGGUCUUCAAGUACACAGCCCGCGGUCUCUACGAGAAUCACAAGUUCCUCUUCACACUGCUCCUAACCUUGAAGAUUGACAUGCAGCUUGGCAAGGUCAAACACGAUGAGUUCCAGACUUUCAUCAAGGGUGGAGCCGCUUUGGAUCUCAACACAGUGGAUGCCAAGCCCAAGAAGUGGAUCCUGGACACCACCUGGCUUAAUCUUGUCCAGCUCAGCAAGCUCCCUCAGUUUACCCAGCUGUUGGGACAGGUCAGUCGCAACGACAAGGCCUGGAAGAACUGGUUUGAUGAAGACGCUCCGGAGGAAGCCACCAUACCCGAUGGCUACUCCACAUCUUUGGACGUCUACAGGAAGCUGCUCUUGGUGAGGUCCUGGUGUCCAGACAGAGCCAUCCCUCAGGCUAGGAAGUACAUCGCUGAUUCUAUCGGUGUCAGGUAUGCUGAGGGUGUUAUCUUGAACCUUGAGACAAUGUGGGAAGAGAGCGAGAAAAAGGUUCCUCUGAUCUGUUUCCUGUCUAUGGGAUCAGAUCCUACAGCUUCCAUUGAAUCUCUGGCUAAGAAGAUGAACCUACGUUGCCGUGCUAUCAGCAUGGGUCAAGGCCAAGAGGUCCAUGCCAGACGUCUUCUGAGUUCCUUCCAGGCAGAGGGCGGUUGGGUGCUCCUACAGAACUGCCAUCUUGGUCUAGGAUUCAUGGAUGAACUCCUUGAAACCGUGACAACCACUGAGCCAUGUCACGAUAGCUUCCGUCUAUGGAUCACCACUGAGGUUCAUCCCAAGUUCCCUAUCAACCUCCUUCAGUCUGGUAUCAAGUUCACCAAUGAACCUCCUCAAGGAAUCAAGGCUGGUCUCAAGAGAACCUAUGCUGGUGUCAGUCAGGAGCAACUUGAGAUCUCCAACCUACCCCAAUGGAAACCAGUGCUCUAUGGUGUUGCCUUCCUGCAUACAACGGUGCAGGAGAGACGUAAGUUUGGUCCUCUAGGUUGGAACAUCCCCUAUGAGUUCAACCAAGCUGACUUCACAGCCAGUGUGCAGUUCGUCAACAACCAUCUUGAUGAUCUGGAUCCCAAGAAGGGUAUCUCCUGGAACACGGUACGCUACAUGUUUGGUGAGGUGCAGUAUGGAGGCCGUGUGACUGAUGAUUACGACAAACGUCUUCUCAACACCUACUGCAAAGUAUGGUUCUCUGAGGACAUGUUCAGUGAUAAGUUCAAGUUCUAUACUGGUUACACCAUCCCUAAGUGCCGUACCGUAGAGGAAUACCGUACUGCCAUCGAUAGUCUGCCGUUGACUGAUUCACCUGAGGCAUUUGGACUUCAUCCUAAUGCUGACAUCACCUUCUCUACCAACAUGGCUACUGAGGUUCUGGAGACCAUUCUGAACAUCCAGCCCAAGGACAGUGGCGGUGGGGGAGGAGAGACGCGUGAAGCAACCGUCUACAAGAUCUGCGAUGACAUGUUGUCCAAGCUACCGGACGACUUCAUUCCUCAUGAGGUCAAAGCCCGCCUCCAGAAGAUGGGCCACCUCCAGCCCCUGAACAUCUUCCUGCGACAGGAGAUAGAUCGCAUGCAGCGUGUCAUCUCGACGGUGCGCAUCACCCUCCAGGAUCUCAAGCUAGCCAUCGAUGGUACCAUCAUCAUGAGUGAGAACCUGAGGGACGCCCUGGACAAUAUGUUUGAUGCUAGGGUACCAGGCUCUUGGAAGAAGAUCUCUUGGGAUUCUAUGACGUUGGGUUUCUGGUUCACCGAGCUGAUUGAUCGUCAUGCUCAGUUCCAUGCUUGGUGUUUUGAUGGACGUCCGAAUGUCUUCUGGAUGACUGGUUUCUUCAAUCCACAGGGUUUCUUGACUGCUAUGAGACAGGAGAUCACCCGAGCUCACAAGGGAUGGGCUCUUGAUAGCGUGGUCCUUCACAAUGACAUGACAAGAUAUCUCAAGGAAGAUAUCUCAUCCCCACCAGCUGAAGGUGUAUACAUCCACGGACUGUUCCUUGACGGUGCUGGAUGGGACAGACGUAACUGCAAACUGAUCGAGCCCCCUCCCAAGGUCCUCUUCACCCCCCUCCCGGUCUGCCACGUCUACGCCAUCAACACCCUCGGGGGCAAGGACCCCAGGCUCUACGAGUGCCCCGUCUACAAGAAACCCAGACGUACCGACCUCACCUACAUCUUCCCGCUGUACCUGAAGACCGUGCAGCACCCUGAUCAUUGGAUCCUGAGGGGUGUGGCCCUGCUCUGUGAUACCAAGUAGACAGGGGUCAAAGGUCAUGAGGGGUUAAAGGUUAUUGAAGGGUCAACAUCAGAUGGAUGUAUAAAGCUUCUCAAUGUGCUGUGCACGUUAUUGGAGUUGACAUACAGUUAUGGAUAUUUCGAGUUAUACAUAAAGUUUGAUUUCUGUAAUGACUUAAUGCUCAAACUAGAAAUGAUAAGAUUUGUGAGUAUAACAAAAAAAAAUGAAAAAAAAAUCAGACAUUUAACCAGAAUUCAAUCUGAGAGUGAUUGCAUAGCAAUAACAGAAUUAAAUAUAGUACUGUCAUUAUUUUCCCGGUUUUUAAUCCAGGUCCACUGGCUCAUUGUUACUGUUACACUUUACACAAAAUGGCGAAUGCGUGAAACUUUUCAGACUUUUCAAAUCUCAUUUCAUACAAGUAUUCAGCUUUUUUAAAUUGUACAGGGUACAGCUUAUGUUUUGUUCUCCAUUUUGUGAAGUGCCAUAUUUAGAUUACAAUCUUUCACUUUUAAACAUGAUAUGAACUGAAUGACAAAGAGGAUUCAUAAUAUCUUGCUAUAGUAUAUUUUAUUGGAUCAUAUAUGGGAUAUAUGGGCGAUUUUACAAGUAUGGGUUAUUUUUUAUUAACAAGUUAAUAAAUGUUCACAUAUAUUUACAAUGUACAAUUGGUAUAGUCCAUUGCUAUGACCUACAUAACAUUUCAUCAUACUAUUAUCACCAUUACUUCUCACACUGCAUUUUAAAGAAUUAAAUUUCUAUUUACAGUAAGAAGUCUAUGUUUUUCCUUAACUGAAAUAAGAAACCAUUCCCAGUUUCUUUCAUGAUAUGAAUACAUUGCAGCUGACAAGGCUAUUCAAAUAAACUAGAUCUGGGGCCCGAAACACAAAGCUUAGCAAUGAUCGUAGAACCUUUUUCUAUGAUUGAUUCCAUUGACUACAAUGUACAACCAAUUGUGAAAAUCAAGCGUAUGAUCGAUCAAUCGCUAACCUUUGUGUCACGGGACCCUGAUGACAUUUAAGUUAUCAGCAAUAAUCAAUUUAUUUGACAAUGAUUGUACUUUGCAAGGCGAUAAUCCAUCAGCAAUUCAACAUCACAAUGCUUUCUAACUUCUACUAUAUAUUACAUUUAUAUACAUGCUGUAUAUUGUGCCUUGGUUGAAACACAUGUAUUAUGUACUACUUUAUUUUACAGCAGUUUGAUAUAUCGUUUGCAGAUAAUCUGGUAUGCAGUGAUGCAUAAACACGUGUUUGGAUACGAGUCUGAUAUUCGGAGUGAUGUUGCACUGUUUAUCCACUUUGAAGACGGUUCCAUACUUCAUAUUUUAAUCAUUUGAGAGAGUUUCCUCCGUGUCAUGAGUUCCAAUUCAUGGGAGGCUUGGUGUUCAUUGAAUGAAUUUGGAGAAUUUAUUUGAAAAGAAUUUAGCUCGCAAUACUUUUGAAAGCCUACCUUGUCAAGCUAUUGAAAUAUGAAAAAUACGUGUUACCAGUUUACAACCGAAAUUCCUGUUUAUCCCAUGGCAUUUCUUUGAUGACAUGCAUGGCUUGAAAUAAACAUACUCAUCGGGAAUGUAAUACUAAGACACUUAAAUCUAAAUCUGCUAAAUCGGUGUCAGUAUGCUGUGCUUGAAAGUCAGCAUCACAUGAGCUCAUGCAUGCUUCAUACGUGCAUAAGUCAGAAUAUGAUGUCAAUAUCACAGGUGCUAUAACCAAUUUAAACGAUUCCGUCCAGUCUUUCUACUCAUUCUGCUUCCAUGAUACUCAUAAAAAAUGUUUAUUCCGUCCAAUGUUGAUAUCAGCUUGCAGUGUGUGAGAAUUUGACAAGAUCGAUGAUAGCUUCAAAAGUAUGACAUGAUGAUUAUAACUGUAUAAAUAUGACAUUUGUAGAAGUAUGAAUUGAAUGUGAAACUAUCUGAACCACCUUGAGCCAAUGACUGUUAUAUUCCGUCCU